AUGAGUUCCUCCAACACCCACCCCGGCAGCUUCGUCGUUUGCUCCUACUUUGUCGCCUGGGCCAUCUAUGCCCGCAACCACAACGUCUUUGACCUCCCCGCCCAGAACCUUACUCAUAUCCUCUACGCCUUUGCCAACCUCGACAACGAAGGACGGGUCUUCCUUGGCGACGCCUGGGCCGACACCGACAAGCAUUACGAGGACGACUCUUGGAACGAGACUGGAACUAACUUGUACGGCAAUUUUAAGCGUCUCGGUCUCCUCAAGAAGGCCAAUCGUCAUUUGAAGGUGUCUCUUAGUAUCGGUGGUUGGACCUGGUCGACCCAUUUCGCAGAGGUUGCUGCUAACCCUGACAAGAGAGCCAAAUUUGUCACGACUGCAAUGGAGCUCAUGGAUAACUUGGGGCUUGAUGGUCUGGACAUUGACUGGGAGUACCCCAAGACUCCUGAGGAUGCAGUCAACUAUGUCUCGCUUCUUCGUGAGCUUCGCCAGGCCAUGAACGAGUACGCAGCCGCAAAGGGAGACACUAUCCCUUACCUCCUCACUGGUGCGAUGCCCUGCGGCGAGUCUCAGUAUUCUCUCCUGCGAUUGAACGAGAUGAACCAGUACAUGGACUCGUUCUACUUGAUGGCCUACGAUCUUGCGGGCUCAUGGUCAGGCGCCACAGGACAUCAGAGCAACUUGCACGGAGGCGACAACAAUGUUCAUAACGCGGUCCAACAUUACAUCCAACAAGGCAUCCCCUCGCACAAGGUCAUUGUUGGCAUGCCCAUCUACGGUCGUGCCUUUCAGAACACCGACGGACUUGGACAUUCCUUUGAAGGCAUUGGACCAGGAACUUGGGAGCAAGGAGUUUAUGACUACAAGACUUUGCCUCUCCCCGGAGCGGUGGAGUACUAUGAUGCUGAAGCGGUGUCGAGUUACUCGUACGACCCUGCCAAGCGUGAGCUUAUUACGUAUGAUACUCCUAUGGUCAUUGACCGCAAGGCCGAGUACGUCGCGCAGCACCAGUUGGGCGGGGCCAUGUUCUGGGAGUCGAGCGCGGAUUUCCAGGGCGACGAUGACCGGUCGUUGGUUGGGGCUGUGUCCAAGGGGUUGAGACGUCAUGCGCCAUUAGAUACUAGCUUGAACCAUCUGAGCUACCCUACCAGCAUCUACGAGAACGUCCGCAAUGGAUUCGAGUAA